GCUCCGCGUCUGCGUCCUCUCCUAGUCUCCUCCUCUCCGAGACUCCCGAGUUUUCCACCCGAACCGCGUGAUCCGACCUCGCUCUCGCCGGAGCGCUCCCACUCCCACGCCUGCUCCAGCGACCGGUCCCGCCCCCCGCCUCCCGCGCCACGCAGCGGAGAUGGAGUACGACUACCGGGGCCGGCCGGGCUCGGGAUCCUACGGCGCCGCGCCCGGCGGCGGCGGCGGCGGCCCGUCGCUCUACCCGCACGUCGGCCAGCCCUCCCACGGUGGGGGUGGGUCCGGGACCGCCUCGCCGCGGGCCGCGCCCUACCACCACGGGCCCGGGGGCGGCUCCGGGUCCUCGGCCCCCAUCGUGACGCCGCUCGCUCCAACCUCCACCUCCUCCUCGAAAGUGGGCAUACACGUCGCGAUAAAGCCUGAAUUCCGCAUUACCCCUCCUCCUCAAUUGCCACCACAGAUGGUAGAAAUUCCUCGUAGCACCUUCAACUUUGAUUUUGAUUAUGAGAGAAGGAUUCUUGCUGAGGCAGAGAAGGAGAACCCCAACUGGAGUAAGUUUGUGGUAGAAAGACAGGCACCACCGCCUGUGCCACAGCAGCAGGCUAGACCAGCAUCUUCAGGGUCAGGGGAUCCAGUUGUGGACAAGUAUGUCGCCAUGGGGCUUGGGCGUGAAGCUGUCUCAUUUGCCGUGUUGAAUUAUGGAGAUAAUCCAGCAAAGGUGAAGGAGUUCGUGAAAUCGUACAACAUCCUCCACGAGAUGGGCUUCACAUCGCCAAACGUGCCCGAGCUGCUGGCGAUCCAUGACAACGACCCCGACAAAGUCAUCCAGCGCCUGCUCUCGUCGCCGUCCUGAUCCUGGAGCAAGACGCCUCGCGUACUCGUAUAUGUAUACCACAUCCAUGUACAGCCCUGCCCUACGCUGGCAACCGUCAGACUAUGCAAUGUCGCAUGUUUACGCAGUUAUGUGUGUCUUCCACUUCAAUCUACGUGCUACCUGCGCUGGUUUUGUGAACCUAGUACCAUGGUUCGUAUAUUGUAUCCAGAUCAGUCAUUGUUUUUUUUCCUUUUUUUUCUUUUUGCGCCACCUGUUUCA